GCAUCGUAGUGUCGGCAGUCUGCUGCGGGACCAGGACAGACAGCUGAAGAGGGGGGGGGGGGGGUGGAUCUGAAUGUCGGACCGGGACAAACCUUGGACCACCGCGAAUUCGCGCGCGCGACUCACAGGUUUUCACUGUGUACUGCUGCCUAGGACUUGAUUGCACCAACUGGCACAGUUCAACAGGUUGGCAGUGCUAGACAAGACAUAGUUGGAGAACAGAAGACGUAGUUGCUACAACUGGUAGUUUGCCAGUGAUUUGCCUUUGGAUACUUGUGGCGGCUGGAAGGAAAGAAGAGUGAAGAAGGACCUGGCUAUGGUCACAACUAUGGACGAUCCCUGUCGGAAUGGGGUGCAGGAGGAAGUAAUGCCCUCUGGACAACCUGCUACGGAGAGGCCCCCAGCUGUGCAGUCCUCUCAGGGAGCAGAGACAUCUGGAGCCAUGCAGCAGGUGGAGGAUAAUGUUGGCGAGGGACCUACUUCCACAGGCGUGAAAGACAUCGACCUGCUUUUUCUGCGCGGCAUCAUGGAUAGUCCAAUUGUACGCUCCCAUCCUCAGGCUCAGGAGCAGCAGGAAGAUGUCAAGCUAGAAGCGGUGCAGGACAACAACGUGGAGCUGGUGACAGAGAUCUUGGGCGACAUCAGCAACCUCAAGGUGAAAGAUGACAGCGCGACUGAACUGUCGAGGAUCCUGCAGGAGCCGCACUUCCAGUCCCUUUUGGAGGCACACGACAUGGUGGCAUCAAAAUGCUAUGAAGUACCUCCACCGACUGAAAUGGCCAACGACGCAGCGGUCAACAGCGCGCUCAUGCAGGCCGACGCCGUCCGCAUGAUCGGCAUUCGAAAGAAGGCCGGCGAGCCGCUGGGCGUGACCUUUCGUGUAGAAAAUGAUGACCUGGUCAUUGCCAGGAUCCUCCACGGCGGGAUGAUCGACAGGCAAGGCCUGCUCCACGUGGGCGACAUCAUUAAAGAGGUGAAUGGCAAGGAUGUCGGCAACAACCCCACAGAGCUGCAGGAGAUGCUGAAAAACUGCAGCGGAGGCAUCACGCUGAAGAUCCUCCCCAGCUACAGGGACGCUCCUGCACCUCCACAGGUGUAUGUGCGGCCGUACUUUGACUAUGAUCCAGCCAGUGACAACCUGAUUCCCUGUCGAGAGGCGGGAAUGUCUUUCAAGAGAGGCGACAUCCUUCAGAUCGUCAACAGAGAGGAUCCCAACUGGUGGCAGGCAUGCCAUGUAGUGGGUGGUGCCACCGGACUAAUACCCAGUCAGUUCUUGGAGGAGAAGAGAAAAGCAUUUGUCCCUAGAGACUUUGAUGGAUCAGGAAUUCUCUGUGGCACCUUAGCAGGGAAAAAGAAGAAGAAGAUGAUGUACUUAACAGCCAAGAAUGCAGAGUUCGACCGACACGAGUUGCAGAUCUAUGAGGAAGUAGCCAAAGUCCCUCCGUUCCAGAGAAAGACGCUAGUCCUGAUUGGUGCUCAGGGGGUGGGCCGCCGCAGCCUGAAGAACAGACUGAUGGUCCUCCACCCCACACGCUUUGGCACCACUAUACCAUAUACGUCACGGAGGCCCCGUGACGAGGAGCUAAACAGCAACACCUACCACUUUACCUCGCGGACAGACAUGGAGGCGGACGUGAAGGCCGGUCGCUUCCUGGAACACGGCGAGUACGACGGCAACAUGUACGGCACAAAAAUCGACUCCAUACACGAGGUGGUCGCCGCGGGACGCACUUGCAUCCUGGACGUGAACCCCCAGGCUUUGAAGGUACUGAAGACAGCAGAGUUCAUGCCCUUCGUGGUUUUCAUUGCAGCGCCUGAUUUUGAUACACUCAAGGCCAUGCACAAAGCUGUGGUGGAUGCAGGCCUCUCAGCAAAACAGCUCACAGACGUGGACCUGAGGAAGACUGUGGAUGAGAGCGCCCGUAUCCAGAGGGCUUACAGUCACUACUUCGACCUGACCAUCGUCAACGACAACCUGGACAAAGCCUUCGAGACGUUACAGGCCGCUGUGGACAAACUGUGCUCCGAGCCUCAGUGGGUCCCAGUGAACUGGGUGUAUUAAGGACUGGAACCAGCGCUGAAUGAAGAGGAGGAAAUGCUACUGAAUGAUAAUAUCCGAUUGAUCCUUCUCCCUGCACACUGUGCGACUCCUUUUCUACUCCAAACUCAAAGGGAAAGAGUGCUUAUGGAUUUUCUAAUUUUUUUUUUAUUUUUAUGAAAAAUCUUUACAUCCCACGUGGAAUCAACUCAAAUGAUGUGCUUGGGCCAGUUUUUAUUUUUCCCCCCCGUUUAAUUUAUUGUUGUAGUUUUUAGCAUUGUGAAUGGUUUUGUAUUGCCAGUCCUUCUUCCAUGAUGCAAAGGAUUCAUCGGCACCACAGCUCCACAACGAAGUGGAUCUUUGAGCAGUCGUUGCCGUGUCUGAACAGCCACUGCAGCCAUUUUGUCUCCACCUGAAUCUUUUGUUAUUUUUAAGUACCCCCUCAUCUCAUCUCCUCCCGCUGGACCAAGGAGUCGAAGCUCCUCCUGCUGCCAAGAAGGAAAACACUUUGAGUUCCUUUUUCAAAGGGCAAACACUUAGUUUUGUCUAGAUUUGUCAUUUUAUUUUCUAUCAUUGUGGUGAUUAAUAGUGUGUAGUUGACUUAGAUGUGAUCCUCAGCUUUAUUUAUGCGUCACUUUGUGAUGGCCCAGUCCUCACCAGCCAACCUGUUUGUUGUAUUUUUGUGAAUGCGACUCGCUCUGCCCUUGUGUUCAGUGUCACCGAAUGUCAAAGCUCCUUAACCAAACCCCGAAUCCGACUGAAACUGAUGCAACGUCCAACUCUACAAGCACCCAAGCAAAGCCAAAACAGCAAAGCUGUAGCAUCAUUCUUCUACACCUUUCAUUUCUAAAUAUCAAAAAACAUAUAAACCUUUUUUUGUUGUUGUUGUCGUUUUAAGAUAUUUGCUUGCACUUUAAAUUACCUCAUUUUGACGAUUCUAACAGUAAAAUGUAAUUUUUCACAACCUAAAGUUUGAUUUGCAUCAGCCCAACUGCGUGAUUUAAAUGUCCCCACAUCAACCCACUGUGUUUGUUUUUACAUUUUUUAUUAGUAAAGUUCUAAUUAAUAAAGUUUAUCAAAUUGUAACCUACGGCUGCUACUGUGGUUUUGGCUGUCUGUUGACCAGGAGGUGUUAAUAUACCAUAGUAGUAUCAAGUGAUGUUUACUCAACAGGAUUUCAACUAGUGAAGUGAAACAGAACUGAAAAUGCAAAAAUGGGAAAAAAAUAAAAAUCACAGCAAAAUCAAGUAUUUUAAAAGUUUUUAUUUUACGCAACUUACAGUCAAGCCAAAGUGUGAACUAUAUUAAGUGAUACGUAUUCACAUUAUGUCCUAACAGGGUUUACAGCAUAUUUUGUGUUCUGUAACCAUAACUGUUACCCAAAAAAAUAAAAUAAAAAGUAAAUGCGAAACAGAAAACCAAGACGGCUUACAUCUUUACAACAACACAAACAAAAGGAGCUUAGCAGUCGAUGUGAACAAAUUCAAUUCAGCAACAUGAAGGACCCUCACCAGAACAGGAAGGACAGCAAACUGAGUUUUUGGCAUGUCGGUGGUUUUAAAGGAGGAAAAAACAGCAACAACAAAAAAAAAUAAACAGGGAGAGAAGUGAAGGGAGGUCUGAAGUCACGUGACUUUGCAGAGCUGCCUCUGCCGAAGGCUGCAAUGGAAACACUGAAGGUAGAAAAUUAAAAGCAGGGACAAAAAGAAAGAAAGAAAAUUGAGUGUCCUGAAAUUAGUUGGUCAAUUUUAUUAUCAUCAAUUCGUUUUUCAUCUCCGUUAAACAAAAGGACCAUCUGUGAAGUCAACUACAUCUCCAGAACAGGCUCUACAUUCAUAGGAGGUAGAUAACGCGGCGAUGACGAUGACGACGUGGAGUCCGGGACAUUGUAGUGCAUCAUUUCUUCCACUUUAAGGCCGGAUGGAAACUUUCCACGUAGCUCCAAGGCCGUCUUAAGACAAAGGUGUAAGGAAGGGCGGGGCGGGUUCGGUACAGCCCUUUCAUGGCGAUACCUGAGUCAACAGGCGUGUGAAAACGCUUGGUGCACCAUCAAUUCUUCAUCCACAAAAUCUUUUUUUGUUUUUUUUAAAGUCAACAUGAGUGGAAAAAUAUUUGGAGAAAAUUUGAGUGGAUUUGGCCAAAAGGUGUUACAAUAGUAGGUUGAGGCAUGUGUGCCGCUUGUGACAUUCAAACCUCCCAUUAGGGAAAAUUAAAAGAUUAUAUAUAUGCAUAUAUAUAUAUAUAUAUUGUUGGACAAUACAUUUAGAGAACAAAACAGAGUCAAUGCAGCAUAUAUCAGGCUUAUGAGGUACUUCAUGAAUAUAUAUAGACAGAUAUAAUCAACUUUUUUUCUUUUUUUUUAAGAAAAGCUUCUCAAAGUCAUUAUUCCUUAUAGUUCCUAUUGAUAGCAUAAAAUACCUCGUCAGUUAUUUUAUUUUUGUAACGCACAGCCCAAGCUAGAUGGGCGUCUUUAGUUUUAUUUAUUUAGUUUUCAGAGACUGCUUUCAAAAAGUGCAAAAAAAACACAAAUACUGAUCGUUCUAUGCAGCAUCUACACUCACGGUUAUUGAAAACGGAGAGAACGUCUUGGAUUUUAUUUAAAAACACAAACAAAAAAACAAUUAGACUGAGGUCAAAACCUAAUGCUGGAGCAGAUGGGGAAGGAAAAAAUUUUUUUUUAAAUUUGCCAAAAGGCACAUCUAAAAAGGAAACGACUUGAGAACAUGCUGAAUGUCUACAGCUUGGAUUUGAUCUGUAAAGUGACAGCAGCUCACAUGUACCUUUGGUUGAAUGAUUUUAUACGCCGUCAGUCAGAUUGAAACGCGUUUCUUCCCUUUUACGAGCAAACGGGGCAGGGAGGCCGAGUGCAGCGUGUAGGAAAGGCAGAAAUUAGAGUCUGUAUUUAAUCGCAGGUAAACGUGUCAAACCACAAAGUUUUGGCUUCCUGGGAAAACUACAAAUGGACGCGAGCUGCUCGGAAAUCCAACUAAAAAGGCGUGCUCAGUGUAGUGCUGCUGCAAACAGACUCGUCACACCUGAACAAAAGCCAACGUACCAACAGCCCACACAAUCACCGCAACCAAGUCUCACAACAUCUUUGCCGACAUAAAGAAUCCAAAAAUCGUCGCCAAGCAAAUCAGAAUCACAAUGGCACACGUGAAAGAUCCAGUUAUGAUUAUGCUUGAUGAAUCACACAAGGAGGAAUCCCUAAAGCUAACGCUGGGUUCUCUGACUCCGGAUUGGUUAGAGAAAAAAAAACAAAAAAAAAAAACCAAUAAGAUUAAGAAAUAAAUUUGGUCCCCUAAAAAAAAAAAAAGUAGAAAUCGAGCACAGCAACAUUAAAAGUUCUCUCACACGAUAUUGGCUUUUACUGGUUUGGUCACUAUGAGAUUUCACUUCGGCGCCUUUCUCAUAAACAAACGGGACAAUAGUGAUAAACAAUAGUAGCUGCUCUGAGGUAGUUCUUUACAAAGCUGAUGGAUUUAAAAAAAAAAAAAAAAAAAAAGAAAGGAAAAAAACAACAACAAUCUAACUGAAAAGUAAUUGUCGAGAUGUGAAACUACUGAAACCAAUGGCCUGGCAGGAUUGGUUUUCAGAUCAGGAUGAUGGCAUUCAGUUGGAGAGUUUCCCCCCCCAACAGCUCUCGUUAGACGCGUCACUUAAAGGACAAAGGAGCAGCAGAUGCAGUCGGGUCACGGCGUCGCCUCCGCCCCGACGAGUUUCGAAACGACCUGCAUGACGAUUGGAAAACUCUGCUGAAGUUCUUAAUUAGCAUUUAAAUCCCAGGUUAUCGCUGGGUGAAAAGCCGAGCGUUGCUGAUGGUUGCAAAUGUAAAUUCGGUUCUUUAAGCUGACGAGCGGGAGUGCAGCGACUGCUGGAGCUCAUGAGGUGGUACUCGAUAGUUGGGGCAGGAUUCAUUGAUUGGGAGGGGAAACUUUACUCAACCAUCCUAAAGGCUUUUUAGACGGGGAAAUAGAUCUAAAGGUAUUCAAACAUUUGUAGGGAUGUUUAGAAUUGAAAAUAAAAACCUUUUGCCAAACAGGGAUUCUCAAGACCAAAAAAUAAGAUAAGUAGCAACGCCAGGCCCGCCUGCUAGAUACGCUUGUGCUGUAAUAAGCAAGAACUUGUACACAUUACAUUGCUGUGACGUGGCUGCACGUAACGGGGCGGACGUGGUUUCAAUAACAAUAAUAUUAUUACGCUUCAGAGGAUUUACAUACAAACAGGAACAGGAGAAUUACGCCUGGUGAAGCCGGCUGUGCGCUCUGAAAAUUGGUUCAUUACUUACACGCAAAAACAA